GAGCGCUGGCCAGCCAGGGGAAGGCGAUGGGUCCCACGAAAGAGCGGGAGGGGCGACGGCUUCAGGAGCGUGGUUAGCCUGUCCUCUCACCCGGCGGUUCCUGAGGCGAGCGGGGCGGAUGGGGGAGCCCUUGCCCUAGCUCGAGCGGCGCGAGGAGCCUUCCUUUCCGGUGCAAUAUGUUCAAGAGAAUGGCUGAGUUCGGGCCUGACUCUGGGGGGAGAGUGAAGGGUGUAACUAUUGUGAAACCUAUAGUUUAUGGGAAUGUUGCACGUUAUUUUGGGAAGAAACGAGAAGAAGAUGGACACACACAUCAGUGGACUGUGUAUGUUAAGCCUUACAGAAACGAGGAUAUGUCUGCUUAUGUAAAGAAAAUCCAGUUUAAAUUGCAUGAAAGCUAUGGUAAUCCACUGAGAGUUGUAACUAAACCACCAUAUGAAAUCACUGAAACAGGUUGGGGUGAAUUUGAAAUCAUCAUCAAGAUAUUUUUUAUAGAUCCUAAUGAAAGACCUGUGACCCUAUAUCACUUGCUGAAGCUGUUUCAGUCUGACACUAAUGCAAUCUUGGGGAAGAAAACGGUCGUUUCUGAAUUUUAUGAUGAGAUGAUUUUUCAGGAUCCUACUGCUAUGAUGCAGCAACUGCUGACUACAUCUCGUCAGUUAACACUUGGUGCUUAUAAGCAUGAAACAGAGUUUGCCAAUGUAGAAGUAAAAACCCGUGAGAAGCUGGAAGCUGCCAAGAAGAAAACCAGUUUUGAGAUUGCUGAACUUAAGGAAAGAUUAAAAGCAAGCCGUGAAACUAUUAACUGUUUGAAAAAUGAAAUCAGGAAACUUGAGGAUGAUGAUCAAUCCAAAGAUAUAUGACCUGGACUUAAAUGGACUAAAAAUGAAACCUGUUUUGAUCAUCCUCUUAAGAUUUUGUAGAAACAACUGUAUAUAAGUGAGUUCCAGAGGGUUUGUGUGUGGGGUGGGGGUGGUGAUAUUCAGUAUGUGCCAUUUCAGUAAUUAAACAUUUAAAAAAUAAAGAUUAUUUUCAUAGUUAAAAUUGUAAUGGUCUUCCAUCUUGCUUUAAAUUGUGUGGUACUCAAUUAAAAUUUUAGGCACCACCCCCCAAUUUGUAUUUAAGGGAGACUGACUGGGUUCACAAUUAUUGCCGUGGCUUGACAGCACCUAUGGGUGCCUUCCUGAAUGUUCAAGGCAUUGCUUCACAUGUUGUUCAAACCUAGGGACCAAUGGUUUUGCAGAGGUCAAACAGCCCUUGCAGAACCCAUGGCCUGUUUUAGGGUUAUACGAAAAUUGUUUAAUCAUUUGCUAAUGGUCUCCGGGUUGGGAUGACAUGAGAAGCCGUAGCUUGAGUAUUCAAAAUGGUCAUUCGCCCAUGCUGCAACCCAUUGUGGCUUAAGUUUACUGAGCCUUAUGUGAAACCCUGCCAUAAUGGUGUUAAAUGUUUAGUAAAAGUUAUAUUUGUUCACCUGAUAAGCAUCCAUUGAUGUAGAUAGGAAGAAACUCUUGGUUGCAUAAGUAAGUAAAGUAAGUCUAUUGUGACUUGCCUCUGCUUGACUUAUCAGAAACCUCUGAUAAAGCUGCUGCUGGACAAAACAGAAUUACUGGUGGAUUUUAUAUUGACAAACUAAAGCUGAUCAUGACCCUAAGUGAAUUGGAGCCAAUAGCUGUGAGCUCGUUGAAUAAAAGUACUCACUGUGAAACUACUUGUAUAUAUAUAUUUCUUAAAUACUGGAGCAUAUGACUACAUACAAACAGCAAGUUCCUUUAUUACAAAUUAUUAUUGCAAAAUUUAACAUUAGCUGGCAAUAUACAACUUGAUUUGAACAUACAGUAAUUCUAUUAAUCUCUUUAGUAAAAGGUUUGAAAACUGCAUUGAUGCUUUUCACUAAAUUUUAGAAACUGCCAAAUUUCUAGUAUUUUCCAGUAUAAGUAAAAAAAAAACCCAACAAACAUACACAAGGUAGCUCUGUAAGUGGACCACAGGCCUAUUUUAUGUAGUGCCUGCUGAUUGCUGGAAUUCUUGCAAAGAAUAUUGAACUGGGUGAACCUUGAUCUGAUUAGCAAGGCACAGGAUCACAAUGUCAAGGUUUUACUUAAUAGGAUCUUAACCAGAGGAAGCCAUUUUUAUAUGAUGGACUAUCUCUAUAAUCUCUUGGUACUAUGUACUCUAACUUGUUGAGGCUUCUUGCAUUAAACACUAUUGUUGUC